CCGGACGGCGGCCGCGGCGGCGGGGCCAAGAUGGCGGCGGCGGUGGCGGAGGGGAGCGGGGCCGCGGCUGGGGCUGGCGGGGCCGCGAAGCCGCUGUUUGCAGGUCUCUCAGAUGUGUCAAUAUCUGAAGAUAUUCCAGUGGAAGGGGAAAUUACUGUUCCUGUUGGAUCUCACUCUCCUGAUGAAGACUACUCCACUCUGGAUGAACCCGUUAGGGAUACCAUUAUGAGAGAUUUAAAGGCUGUUGGGAAGAAAUUUGUGCAUGUCAUGUAUCCAAAAAAGAGCAGUGCACUUCUUAGAGACUGGGAUCUUUGGGGGCCCUUGGUGCUUUGUGUCUCACUUGCACUGAUGCUUCAGGGUGGAUCAGCAGAUAGCAAAGAAGAUGGAGGGCCCCAGUUUGCUGAGGUCUUUGUCAUCAUCUGGUUCGGUGCAGUUGUUAUCACACUAAACUCAAAGCUACUUGGAGGAACUAUUUCUUUUUUUCAGAGCCUGUGUGUGCUGGGUUACUGUGUCCUGCCCCUGACAGUUGCGAUGCUGGUGUGCAGGCUGGUACUGCUAGCAGGUUCUGGGACUGUCAGCUUCAUUGUACGUCUUAUUGUAGUACUAGCUAUGUUUGGCUGGUCAACGUUAGCAUCUACGGCUUUCCUGGCAGACAGUCAGCCUCCAAACCGCAAAGCUCUUGUUGUUUACCCCAUCUUCCUCUUCUACUUUGUUAUCAGCUGGAUGAUUCUCACCUUUACACCUCAGUGACAUCAGAUCAAAAGAGACUGUAAUACAGACUGAAGGUUUUCAUGAAUGCUGCAGGUUAAUCGUGGCUUUAUCUCUAAUUUAUAUAUAUGUAUAGAUAGCUAUUAAAAAAAGACAGGUUAUGGGAUAAAGCCUGAGAACUGCAAAAUUGGUCAUUUGUCCCUCUUCUUGAAAGAUACAGAAAUCCAGCUACUGAGAUUUUUAUUUCACCCUGUUCUGUAGUUAAGUUUUAAAUAAAAAAUACCCACUAUGACAGGGGACUGUUCUGCCUGAAGAAUAGAAGGGGGAGACCUUGAAACUUCUUGAAGUUUCAUAGGUGAAGAUGAAGUUAUAGGAUCACAUGACUUAACAGAAUUCUUGCUUGUGCUUGGAUUCUCACUGAAGACGAAUAUGCCUUAUGAAAUAAUAUAACUUAAUUGCUGUUAUGUGUUGGGGUGGGUAAGAUGUGUGUUUGACUCCUGUUCUUUUUUCUUCAUUCAUGUAUAGAAUGGUGGGAUGUAUAUUAAGUGCAUCAUAGGACCAUAAACUUUGAGAUCGGAUUUUACUAAAGAGUAAGUUGGGUCCAUUUUGCACUUAACUGGAGCUAGGCAGAAGGGAACUGCCUUUGCUUAUAUUAAUGUAUUGUAUAUUUAUGUUUCAGCCACUUCACAGGUCAAGAUAGUGUUUUAACCAAAUGCCUUGAACACUGUAGUUAAACUAACUGGUCUAUAUGUCUUCUGAGAAGGGAGUGUGUUUACACUGGAUAGUUGCAGAUUUUUUCUUGUGACCCUAGAUUAGAGAGUCAAAGUCCUAGAGGAGCACUCAAGACUGUUCUGCAACAGGGGCAUAGCUAUUGCUCUGCAUAUUUACAAUGGAAAAUUGAGCAUCUGGAGAGUAUAAAGUAGUAUGUAUACAAAAAGUUUUUUUUUUUUUUUUUUGUGAAGUGAGUUUAGGUUUUGAAACAUGACAUCUUUGGAUGGUAACAUACCAAACAAGAACUUAAGCCCAGAAGUUUUAAAAACAGACUUGCAGACAGAAAAUAAGUUAGUUUGAAGGUAGUGGCUGCUAUGAAGUAGGAUAUAAAUUCUGGUCUUAACUACUUAUAUGUGACUUUUUUUAAAACAUGGACAGUGUUUCACAUAAAUUAUACAAUUUUCAAAUUGUUUCUUCUCUCUAGAGAGAAAUAAGAAACUUUACUAUGAACUUUUUGUCUAAUACUUUUUAUAAAAUGAGAGGAAGCUUUCUUCUGUGACACUGUAGGUACACCUAUGUAACCCGCCUGGAAAACCGUGUACAUGUGUGCUGUUUGUGUUCAAACCUAGAAAUUGAGACCUGGAGAGCUAUUCUUUAAAGACUGUGCAGAAGUUAUUUCUCACCUAUUAUUUUCACUAAGCAAUACAAGGAAAGAGCUUUGGAAUAUCUGAAGGUGAAAAAGCUGCUGUUAAAAUGUCACUUUUUCUGAAAAUGAGCAUCGUAUUUCCUUUCUCUUGUUGUAGUGCAAAUAGACCUGAAAUUAAGUGGA